AUGCCAGCAUCUGAAUCACAACAACAACAAGCACAAUCUCAUCAAAUCUUUCAUCACGAUUUAAUAUCUACACCAUCGCCUUUAUUUCCUUCGAAUUUGCAUAAAUCACUUUUGACUAUCUCGCCUGAACAAAUCUGUUUAUCAACUUCGACGAUCGUGACACUCGCUUGGAAUAUUUAUGAUAAUGUCAUCACUUCACAUGAUUCUAUUGGAAUCUUUCUACCAGAUAAAUUAACGCCGAAUGAUGUUGUUGAAAAUAUUUAUAACAAUUUAAACGCUCUCAAGAUCGGCCAGUAUCAUUGGCAUUGUACACAGACAAUAAUCAAUAAACUAGUGAAUGUUGAUACUGUUUGUUUCCAAUAUUACAAUGCAAUCAAUGGAGAAAUUAAAGCUCAAUCAUCACUGAUACCAUUGAUUCAUGGUAAUAAUCACAUACCAUCGAGCGACAACAUGACGCGGCCUAUAUCCAUAAAAAUUUAUGAUCUUCAUGCUACGAAUUUACAACGUGGAGUCUUUUUCAAACCUGAUCCAUACAUCAAAGUUUCGUUGAUUGCUGGCCGUCUGCACAAACAAUUUCGCAUAUCAUCGCAUUUUUACAAUCAAGAAAAACGAACGAAUGUGAUACCGAAUACGUGUCAUCCGAAAUGGUACAAUCAAUCGUUUACUUUUCAAACAUUUCAUACAGAUUUGUUGGAGUUUGAAGUGAAGGACAAAUUUGUGAAAACGAGACCUACGAUGAAUCGAUUUCUCGGGAAGAUAACGGUUCAGAUUGGAUUUUUAUUAGAUAAAUUAAAUAAAAAUUCAUCAACGUUUGUAUUCAAUCUUCAACGACGAAAUUACUCCGAUCAUGUUAGUGGUUGUUUAAUGUUCAAUGCUGCAUUUAUUAGAAGUGAAUCACCAACACUGCCAAGACCUUUAAUGGAUUCAACUGCAAUCGUAGAAAACGUUGAAUCUACACCGGAAAUUUCUGUGACAAAUACCGAUGGUUAUGAUAAUAAUCUUUCAUCGUCUCCUGUCAACGAACAAACAACAAAUGAAGCUGUUGAAGAAGAAAAUGUAUCUCAACAUUCAUCUAACACGGAUGAUCAACGAGAUAAUCAAAUAUCUUCUUCAACUGGUGAUUCACUCGUGGAUCAUUUAUCAACGCAAUCCAUAGAUGAAUCAUUAACACCAUCAUCGGAUAACACUAUCAUAGACGAUGGAAUAACGAAUGAUGCUAAUCAGAUGUUGUUGGAUAAUCCUUCCAAUCAACCUCGAAUAACUACGACUGUACCGACACAUUGUUCUGUAACAUCAUCAUACCAAGGACAUGAUGAAGAACACGAAGCAAAUGAAGAAGUAGUAGUAGUAGUAUUAAACGAGAACAACAUUGAUGACAAUCAACAACGACAAGAAGAAGAAGAAGAAGGGAGAGAAGACGCGCCGUCGUCGUCGUCGUCGUCGUCGCAUAAUUGCGAUGUCGGAUCAACUAAUAUCGUUGUUCUUUCAUCGACAGAGAAGAAACUGAAGCAUUGCUAUUCAUCAUCGACCUUACUCCCUCCACGUAUCCCACGAUCAUCAAGUAUAGUAACAACAACACCAAUGCUUCAACAACAUCAUCAUCACUCACAUCACGAUGCUUAUCGAACAUUACAAUUACCUGUCAAUUCAACGAAUAAACUGUUAAUUAUUAAGCCAAAUGGUCAACAUCAAUCGACAACGACAGGCUCAGAAAAUAAUUUACAAACAACUGGAAAUCGUCUUCAUUCUUCAGUCUACAAUCAUCAUCAGCAUCAUCAUAAUAGUAACAGCUGCUUUAACGAAGAAAGUGUUCGAACAUUAUCACGAGGUAAAUCGAUCUUCGUCACUCUCGAUAUUUCUUACAUGACCUUGAAUGGUACAUAA